AUGACGACGUGCAAGUUCUUUGUCCGCGGCAGAUGCAAUCGAGGUCAAGAGUGCAAGUUCGCCCAUAUGCCUUCUCCGAAGCUGCAAUCCGAAACGGCGAACACCACCACGCUGCUACGCGCCGGCGCACCGUAUUUCCUCCCAACUUCACCUCCCAUACCGACAUGCCGAUUCUGGCUAGGGGGGGGCUGCUGGAACGGACUCGAGUGCGCGUACCUCCAUCCUGCGGUCUCCCAACCGACUUCUGCUGCCCCUACCACUCCUCAUAAGGCUGAAGAAAUCUUGGAGCGACGAUUGAAAGGUGCCUACGUUCGCUUUGGGGACGGUGCCCUGGUACUGAACGUCCGACUCUCAUCGACCACCGCACGAUUUGCAUCAUCGGAUAACAGUAAUACGCGGACAGGCAGGGCACAAGUUUGCACUGUCCUUUGCUCAUGGUACAACCCGUCGAGAGUCGUGUGGCUCCAUUACCGCAGCGACACAUGGGCCAGUAGGGCAAUCAAGCGAUUCGAUGGCAGGUUCUACGGCCGCCAAAUCAAGACGAAAUUGCAACCGCCCCCCCACCACCAUGCCAAUGGGAAGGCCAUAUGGUCUGUCCUGCUGAGCAAUGUCGCUGCCGACGUCACCCAAGAGCGAAUACAAGAACACCUCCAAGGAGUUGUGCCAGAUAAGGUCGUCAUGGGAAGACCUACUUUAGAGGAUAUGGACAGGAAGCCUGAGAAAUUUGUUCAAGAACUCUUCAGCCAAUCGAGCCGCAAACUACGGUCGUUCGAGCUGGAGAAAAAUGCAACUGGAUCUCGCACCAAGGCUUUUGCUCAAUUCGAACGAGCGUCAGAUGUUCGAGCCGUUCUCGCCUACAACGGCGUCGAGUUUCCCGAGAUAGGCUCAAAGCUCUAUGUCGACCAGGUCGCCGCAGUGAGGGUCCCAGUCGUGAGCGAGCUCUAUGCCAUCAUCAAAGGAGAUGUCAAAAAGCUACAAGCCGACAACAAGGACGGCGUGAGGAUUUCUACGCACCACCGUUCACCUUCCAAAAUUGUCGACCUACGCAUUUAUGGCCACAAGUUGGAUGCUGUUGCAAGACUCAAAGCCCAAGUGGCACAGAUGCUGGUUGGCAGAGUGGUACUGAACGACUACGGCACUGCUUUAUGGCAUGAACUCCUCGCCUCAGACGCAGGCGUCUCCGCUCUGCAAGCUCUCUCCAAGCCAGGCGAAGUCUUUCUCUACAGAGACACACGAAAGCUUCAGCUGGUAUUUUUCGGCACACCAUCCCUCUUUGCAAAUGUCCGUCGUGCUGUCAUCCAUAUUCUCACGUCGCACAUGUCUCAUUACUUGAUGCCCCUGGAAGGCGACCUCUUUGCCGAAGCGCUCUCGGGGGGUCUACGUCGCGUCAUCAGACACUUCGGCAAGAAGAGCGCCUGGUUGGAUGUUCUUCGUACACCACCUGCCAUGAUAUUCAGAGGGAGCCCUCAGCAUUUCGACGUCGCCAAGUCACUGAUCACUGAUCCUUCAGCCGUCGUUCCAGUCGACCAACGUACUGGGACAAGCAACGAAUGUCCUUACUGCUUUUUAAACAUCGCUGACCCGGUCGAGCUUCGUUGUGGGCAUUCCUACUGCUGGGGGUGUUUUGAAGCUUUAUGUCGCGACCUCGGGGCCAGCGAAAACCCCAUCACCUGUUUCGCAAACCUAAGUGGUUGUGGGCAGAUGGUCUCUUUGGAGGAGAUCAAAAAGGCUCUGGACAAUAGCACAUUCGAAGCCGUACUGGAGUCUUCCUUCGAACAAUACAUACGAUCUAAACCAGAUCACAUCCAAUACUGUCCGACUCCAGACUGUCCAAGUAUCUACACAGUCUCCGAAACGCCGGGGGUCUUCACCUGCGACAACUGCCUCAUCUCGAUUUGUUCGAAAUGCCGGGCUCUGAGCCACGACGAUCUCACCUGUGAAGAAGUUCAGGGUCAGAAUCGAGUCGAGCAGAUUGUAUCUGACGAGGAAAAGAAGAAGCUUGGGAUAUCGAAUUGCCCAAAGUGCAACGUCUUGAUUCAGAAGAAGGACGGAUGUAAUCACAUUACCUGUAUGUGUGGCACACACAUCUGCUGGUUCUGCUUGGCCACAUUCGCAAGUGACGAAGAGUGCUAUAGCCACAUGUCCCAAGCCCAUGGGCGCUUCGGCGAGCUUAACGCCGCAGAAGAGCAAAUCCGGGAGCUAAGGGCAGAUGAUUUCGACUGGGUCAUGCUGCUCCUCAGAGCAGCAGAGAAUAUGGAAGAUCAUGAUGCAUGGCAACGUCAACGACAUGCUGAGGUUGGGUGGCAACUUCAACGACUUGCUGAGGUCAGGUGGCAUAUUGACUGA